AUGUCGCCUCGGGCCGUGCUGCCCGCUCGCCCUCCCGGCCUGUCAUCCGUCCACAGUGGGGUGGUGACCUCACUCGAGCGGGUGGCUGAGGUCCCGAGCUCCUCCCUCUGGACCCGAAGACCUGAGGCUUUGCCCGAAUCCUGGCCAUCUGCAGCUGUUCUGCUUAACGUCACGUUCACGAUGGAGACCCAAGCAAGGAGCACCAGGGUCCCCGGGAGCCGCCAGGAGCUGGGCGAGGCAAGGAAGGACCCCAGGCCCAUCAGCGGGGGCCCGGCCAUGCCCACACCUCACCGUCUGACUUCUGGCCUCUGCAUCCUGGUUGUUUCAGGCAUCAUGGCCUUUGGUUACUGCCUCAUGCCAGCCAGCAUCGGGACCCAGCCUCCGGUCUGA